AUGGCGUCUCCUCCCUACGCAUACUCGCCGACCGCACUCUCUCCUCCAUACCCGUCAUCCGCACAGCUUCCGACCAAGAAGCGCGCCUCCGAUGGCGGCUCCCAGCAGUCUGUCAAGCGCCGCAAGGCCUCAACCCUUUCAGUCACCUCCGCCGCUGCCUCGGCGCAUCCUCUUCGACAGACCUCCUUCCCUCCCGACGGAGCCGGAUCACCAUUCCCUCGAUCACCAUCCGCCGAUACCAUGAGCGUGGUCAGUGGCAGCCAAGUCAGCGCCCCUCCUAAGAAGAAGCGCGGCAGGAAGCCCAAGAACCAGACGAACGUGGAAACGAGAGAACAGACGCCCUCGCUCGUAGGCGGACGCGCACCCACGACCGUCAGCGGCACAGGCACCGCAGCAGAAGGACAGGAGGAGGGCGCAAACGACGACGACGACGAUAACGACAUGCGCAUGGCCCUUGUGGAUACUACGGCUAGAACCCAAGAGCAGAAGCAAGAAGAGAUCAGACUCCGUGCCAUGCUAGUCGAGUCAUUCGACCCAGAACAGUACGAUCGCUACGAACUCUGGCGCGCCGCGAAGCUUACGGAGUCCGUGGUCAAGAGAGUCGUCAAUGCAACCGUAUCGCAGUCCGUCCCACCGAACGUCGCUCUGGCUGUCAAGUCAGUAUCCAAGCUUUUCAUUGGCGAACUUAUUGAGAGAGCCCGAGAUGUCCAAGGAGAAUGGAUCGCGAACACCGGCGAGACGCAGGCCGAAUUGCCAACUCCACCGCCUUCUGCCAAGGACGAGAACGGCGAGGCGAGCCAGGCCGCCAAAGAGGACAAGAGAGGCCCCCUGCGUCCGGACCACCUCCGAGAGGCGUGGCGCCGGUACAAGAUGUCGGGCGAUGGUGGAUGGGUUGGUAUUCAGGGCCUGUGGCACGAACAGCAGUCCAGCGGCGUCGAGAGGUUUCCCGUCCGAACUGGUGGACGACGAAUCUUCAAAUAA